UGUGUGUGUGUGUGUGAGCGCGAGAGGGUGCAAGAGAGUGAGGAGACCUCGGCGCGAUCGUAGUAGCAGCGCGUCCGCGGUCAAAGAGCACUGCCAAAGAGGUGUCCUCGUUUUUCUCUCUCUCUUUCUCUCUCUCUUCGUGUUCGCCGUCGACGAGAGGAAGGAAAGAAAGGAGAAAGUAUAAGAGAAGAAAGAAAGAAAGGAUAAGGGGCAAACGUCGGGCCGCGCCGUACGUCCGGUGGUGCUCCGAAGUACGUAAAGCCGAGUGUUCUCUUUCUCGCGCGCUCUCGAAUCGCGGGGUUAAUUCUCCAGGAACCACGUCGACCCGCGCGAAUACCAGCCAACGGAUCCGGACGGUGUUCGUGCGUCCUGGCGCGUUCUGGCGUACGCGUCUAAGCGGAUAAUGUUGAGUGACGAGUCGUCCGUAGUGAUACGUUAAGAUAUAUUGAUGAUAAGAUUCGUCGAUAAUCGGCUAGGUGCGCGGUGAAAGGCUCUCGAAUCAGGGGUGGUCCCGAACAUAGUGCACGGAUUAAGCUAAUUAGUAUGAGUCACGGGGCGAUAAUCCUUCAGAGAUGAGUCCUUAUCGACAGGUGCUCUCUCGACAGCUCGUUUCUCGCGAGAGAGCUCAUUUCAAGUGGCAGUUUCUGAGAUAACGGAAGCCUCUUCGCGCGUACGCUCGUCGUCGCGGCGUGGGAUUACGUAGGGCGCGUAGGUGGAUCACGAGGAGUGAUCUAUUUUCCACUUGCGAAAUAGCGUUUCCUCUUUCUCUCUCCCCCCUCUCUCCUCUCUCUUUAUCUCUGUCUCUUUGUCUGUCUUCCUCUAUCUCGCUCGGUAUUCGAAUAGUUUCCUCUUCGUCGUGUCACCUCUAUAACAACUCGAGCAUUCGUCGCGAUUGCCGGCGCUCUGACAACUGUUGUUGCAAAGAGCCGUCGACGAAAUUCCAAGUGACGUGUCUGCGAGACGAGCCCGUCGCGAGUGUUUGCGCUGCAAUUUUGCACCCUGACGUCUGUCGCGUUCGACGCUCGGCGCUACGCUCGUCCUCGCAACCAGGUCAAGUGUGCCCGCACCACCACUACCACCGCCGCCGCCGUUGACCUUCACGCUGCGGGAUUCGGGAUCUUUUCGCCAGCGUCGUCGCUCACUGCAUCAACCAUGCUCGCGCAUUUCCGUCUAGCCUCGUCGUUCAGCUUUUGCGAGCUGAACGUCGUUCCCGCAAUAAUUGAUCGCCGCGUUCAUUAAGGACAAUGUCCCAACCCCGACGUCGACUCAGUGCUCCCCGCUGCGAUCCAAACAUCCUGAGUUUCUGUGACUCGUAUUAGCGUUCGUUGCUCGAAACUUGUCCCACGUGAGACUCUCAGAUUUGAAUAUACAAUUAAAUCUGAGUUUCUUUAUUUAGGUUAUGCUGUGUAUGUGACAUUAUAUUGUUAUUGUGCGCGGUUCAGCUGAAAAACUCAUAUCUAAUCGUAAAUUAAAAUCCGAGUAUCUCACCCGAGGCAAGCUUCAAGUAGCGACUCUCAUCAAUGCGAACCCGUCACGCCCGUAGCCAUCUCGCGAAAUCGUGGUUACGUGGGAAGCAAAUUGUGCUCGACGAGAAUCGACGUGCGUGAGAUAAUACGGUAAUUCGGACGCCGCGAGCUCGCCAAAGGCAAUUUUUAACGCACGAGAGCAACGCGAUCGUUAAUGUAUUCUGCGGCCUCGGUGGGACGUGUCCCCCUCGUCAUGACAUUGGAAUAUAAAUUACAUUCCCCUGGUCGUGUCCGCUAUUACGUGGCCGAUAUCUUGGCGAGCCGGGCUUCAGGCUGACAUUAAAGCGUCGACACGGCUCGUCCGGUGACACACUUUUUCGCCGUCGGGCCUGCUCCUUCUCAGCCGAAACGACGACGUCGAGUGAUGUAUUAUCGACAUUAGAUACGUCAUUAAUGCGUCACUUGACGUCAUCCUGCUGCUAAGAUCGGCGUGGUUUGUUCGUUCUCCCACGUCUGGCCUGCUUCUCUCGUGGACGCUGUUGAAGUUGUCACGCGAAAUCAAUAUACGCGUUUUUCGUCGCAACAUGGCAUGUCGGACGCCCGUCAUGAAUAGCAUUUUCCAAGUCGUAAGCGCAACGUAUCCUUGAAAAAUUCACGUCGCCUCGACGUCGUGCCUCCACCGUCAUUUCUUCUUCUUCUUCUUCUUCUUCUUCUUUUUCUCCAUCCCGGGAAGUCAUGGAUGCUUCGUUUCUUACGUUUUAAUCCUCUGAAAAAUGCACUUGGCAGCAAGCCGCCGCAAAGUCCACGCUUAUUCCAUCCCAUGCGAUCUCGAAGCAGAUCCAUCCAGUCCCGAGAGCGACAUCGCCACCCGGAGGAUCUGACGGAUGUUCCAAACGCACCCUGUAUGUUUCCCUUACCGCCGCGACUCCCUUAUGCAUCCGGCUAGGGAAUCCGAGACAUUUCCGUGGUCGUUUCCAGAGUAAUCUCUGGAGAUAUACCGCGGGUAUAACAAGAUACGUGCCCGCUGCAGCCUCUUGGAUUGCCCGCCGCGAGUGUGAAUCUGUCGAAUCGUCUGAAGCAACGGAUUCUCGUUGAAAGACGUGCGAUAAUCCACCCGUGAAUUCCUUCGAACGAGAAUGUACAUGAGCGAGAGAAGUCACAGCGGAACGUAAUCGCCGCGAUGUAAGCGUGAACGCGGAUCGUUAAGAACCGGGCAAUCGUUAAUGACUCGUCGAAAACAGCCGGCUGCCAAAACGGAUGCUAACGGCGCGAUAAAAUUUGAAUACUCGUUAAACGUUUCUCGCGAUUUGGCACGCUCACCCGCGCGACAUACUCAACGGGGAUGAUUCUCACGCACGACACCCCAUUCACUUCGCGGCGCGAACAUAAAGGCGGGCUAUUGACGGAAGCGGCGAGCUGUAAUCGACGGGGAUAUAUUAAACGUUUUACGCUUAACUCCUCGAGUGAUAUCCCCGGAAAAGUUUCAUAGCAAAACGUCAAGUUUUUUUACUUAUUUACUUAAACUAUUAUAUUUUUGUUAUAUUUUAUUUUAUUAUAUUUUUUGUUAUGUUUUAUUUUAUUAUAUUUUUUGUAACUCAUAGCAAAGACAAAUUAAAUACAUCCUGCAUCUUACUUUUCAGAAUUCUUCAAGGAAAAUAGCAGUAAAGAGAAGAAGAGUCUACUUUCCUGAGAAAGAAAUAUUUCAAAAUUUAUUUUGUAGGAUAUAUAGUUUCCCUACGAAAAUGAUCUUUAUUUCACAGAAAUAAUCAAUAAAGUCACCAUAUAAAUGCAUUGAGAAAAAAGAAUUGAAAAUUUAUUUAUGGCAUGUAAAGUUUACUUCUGUGAAGUAAAGUUUCUUUCUCUGUGAAUGUAUAUCUCACAAAUAAAUUUUCAAGUAUUUCUUUCUCAGUGUAGAUUUCUUUUCCCUUUAUUUCUGUUUUCUUGGAAAAACUUCAAAGAAUAAAAUAUACAGGAUAUAUCUAUAAUUUGUAUCUGUACUUUACACUGUGAGUAAAUCCUUGAAAAUUUAUUCGUGGCAUGUAAAAUUUAUUUCUAUCCGUAAAAUCUAUAUCUCACGAAUAAAUUUUUAAGCAUUUGUUUCUCGGUGUAUGCUCACGCAAGAAAGAAUCCGGGAAUCGCACGGUCAUUUGAAAUCUAAACUGCUAAAUUCGCGAAAUAAAAAAAAAUCACUUGCACAAUGAAUAAUGCGUGAGGAACGGAGGCGCGCCGUUUAAUAAUCGAGAGCGCGACUACAAUUUUCUAUUUUUAGUCGCGAGGACGAAUGUCGCGCAAUUAGAACGCGCUGCGGAAUCAUCCGUUUCAAUUUUAAUUCCCACCCCUGACCUGUCCUCCGUCGCACUCGAUCGACGUCGGGUGUCUGUUAAAUUGUCUGUUACCGCGUGUGGUUCGCGUGUCGCGGCCACACUGAAAAAAAAGAUUACGACAAUUUGGUAAUAAUUGUCCAGCCUGUGUUACAGGUACUAAAAUUUAGUACCUGUAAUACAGGCUGGAUAAUAAUUGCCAAAUCGUCGUAAUCUUUUUUUUCAGUGCACUCACGCACGCACGUACGCGCGAUCAAUUGACGCGUAUCCAUCGAUCGGGUCAAUCCGCAUCACGGAUGCGUAAAGAAUAGCGCACGUUGGCCUCUCCCAUCGAACUUGGGAUUUCUUUCACGGGCGGCUCAGAGUCCACUUGUCUGCCAUCGAUCAAAGCGCGAUCUCGCCAAUUCCACGGCGAGAGAGUCCCUCUUUGAACUUGGGACUCCUUCGAGGACACUCGGCUGCUCGUGUGGCUGAAAACAAUCGCGAUCCUCUCGCCUGCCUUUGAAGAUGAUGUAUCGCCCGUGGCCCUGCACGCGACAGACACGUCGAGCGUUUUCGCACACGCGGCCGUCGCGAUGAAUGGCCGAGCGUGAUGAAACGACUAAUGAACGGAGUGAUCACGAGGAGCCCCGCGUACGCGCAAAUAAUCGUUUAUUUAUUCGAUUAACCAACACCGUCGUCGCGUUCAGAGCGAACGUACCCGAGGCGGUAUUUUUAUGGAUAUUUUCGACCUCGGUAUUUUAUUUGCGUGCGUGGGGGGAUAAAUCGGAUAUAAAUUCGCGAUCGAUGAGCACGAGGAUCCGCGUCACGGAACGGGACGGCUCGAGCAUCGUUCCGAACUCCGCGUUUAAUAAGUUCGCUCGUGGACGUGGUUCACGGUUGUUAUUGAAAUCGAUGGUUAUUAAGGGCGGUCGGUUUAAUACAUCCUCUAUUACUUUCCACGUAGCAACUGUACGUCGCGCACCGGGGGUGGCACGAGGAGGAGAGGGAGGAGGAGAGUCGAGGGCGCUGCGAGGGGGAGUCGGGGAAGGACGAGGUCGAAUGGUGAGAGCGUGACCGGAAUAAAGCAGAGCGCUAGGACGACGGAGGAGAGUAGACAGGAGGAAUUAAAAAGGUGUGCGUGCACACGCGCGCGCGUCUCAAGGACGACCCCCGAUAUCCCGUUAAUAGAUAGUAGAGGAUAAUGCACGGUGAUAAAGGAUAAAGGAUAAACUCCGCAGACUAUCCCGGGAUAAUACUCCUAUUUCCGAAGGAUCGACCGUUCUUUCAUGGACCCACGUCCAUCGCUCCACUGUAGAACAUCCUGGCGGAAUGACGUCGCGGGAUAAUUGAGAGACUCGCUCUCUCUCUCCCUCCCUCCCUACCUCCCUCUCUCCAGAGAGGGUUCCAGUGAGAGUUUACCCCGCGUCCGCGCGAGAGUUCGUGCGCUCGGGUGAACGAGGAUAAUUCUGUGAGGAUAAUCGAUCCGCCGCCGCCGUCGAUCCUCGAACGGCUCCUCGACGUGCCGCGCCGACCUCGACCUCGCGAGUUUCAGUGACAUGCCGUUCGGUAUUAAAGGGCGCAGUGUGACAUCGCCGAAGGACGCUGCCGCGAGACGCCCUGGGACAACGCGAAUCGUCGGUGGAAGUGCCGUAUGUGCGUGAAGCUCGUUGGUUCGCGCCGCGUCCGCUUGUCUGCCUUUCAUGUCCCAAAUAAAACUACCGGCAGCCACCCAAAAUCACCCAACGGAUACAUCGACAGCGGUGCUCGUGUAACGAAGCUGCGUCGGACUAGAACGGGCAUCGAGGGAAAGUGCGAUCACUCGGCAUGAAGGACAUGCAUUGGCUCGUUUGCACCUGCAUCCUCACGGCGACGACGGUGCUCUGCUGCCGGCAGAGCGAGUUUCAGUGCGCCAACGGCCACUGCGUCACCCUCAACAAAGUCUGCAACGCGUUCGACGACUGCGGGGACGGGAGCGACGAGACGCGUCCAUGCUCGCCUUGCAAUAAAACGUAUUACGGCGACGUGGGGAAGACAUACGACCUGGAGCUGCAUCGACCGAAGGAGGAUAAGGUGCCUUACAUUUGCAAGCUCACCUUCAACGCGCCAGGUGACGAUUUCGGUGAUAUAGUGCAGCUGACCUUCGACAGCUUCACCCUGGGCAAAUUCGUGUCCUUCACCGCGGAAGGAUGCCCGGACGGGUCGUUGCAGAUCUCGGAAGCGCAGCGUCCGGACGUCGGCGGUCUCUGGUGCGGCACAUCCUGGGGACCGGCGAUCUACUACAGCGAGACCCCCAGCGUCUCUAUCAUCCUCAAGCUGCUCAGGCUCAGCAAAGAUCAGACGGGAUUCAACUUCGACUUCAGGAUGGCGUACAAGAUGAUCAGGAAAUCGGACGCGGUGGUGCGCUACGGGAAUCCCUUCGUCGGAAUAACGCAGGUCGUCGGGACGCCGGCGUCGACCGAGCGCACGUCCGUCGAGUACGCGAACACGUCCAUGGCGAUGCCGGUGCAAAUGGUCGAGCAACACGUGCCACCACCUACGAAGCCGAGCUCGGAGCAGUUCUUAGGGGACCUAAUAUCCGGGACUUAUUGCUCCCGUAUAUUCACCGACUGCGACCGGAAGAAGUGCAGAUUGCAGUCGCCUAACUUCCCCGGGCUCUAUCCCCGCAAUCUCACCUGCUAUUACGCGGUGAGGCAGCACGAAGUGCCGGCGGGCAAGCACGCCUUAAUACACGUAAAACAACCCCGAGGCCAAUUGGUAGCUGUGAGGGCGCGACCAGCUACUCAAGCCGAGCCGCCACCUCGGGAACUGCGUCUCUGGCAAGAUUGCGACGUCGUUCAGGACUACGUAACGGUGUAUGACGGAUACACCACCAGGGAGCCAGUGAUCCUGAAAUUCUGCGGCGGCGGGGAGCCGGUACCGGAGGCCAUCAGCAGCGGCCCGGAGAUUCUCGUGGAGUUUACUACCUCCCCUUAUGGCACCUUCUUACAUCCGACGCCGCCCCAUUCUCUACAUGGGUUCCAAUUAGAAGUGCAAGUCACGUUCGUCGACGCCGAAUCGCCCACCUACGCCAAGAAUAAGCGCUGCGAGUUCUGGCUGAGAGGCACCGGCGGCGGCGUCCUGGCGUCGCCCCGUCACUCACUGCCGAGGAACAGCACGUGCCUGUACCAUCUCCGCGGCUCCGGGCCGACCCCGCCGAGUCCCACGCCGCCGCGACCCUUGCCGAAAUUUCCUGAACAGCGACCCGGCACCGUCUGGCGGCGACCUGCACCGAGACCGCCGCAGCCGCAAUUCCGCGUUUGGCUGUCCAUCCUCAAGUUCCACGUAGGCACCAGUUUAUCCAGCACGGACGAAGACUGCUCGACCACGCUGAUGGUCUGGGAUGGCGAGAUGAUGCCGUUGUCCGAGUGCAACGACGUCAUCUGCGAGAAGGAACGCCAACGUUACGCGGAGAGGAUGGGCGAUCCGAUUCAACCCGUUCUUGCGCGACCUGCGAGCAACACCACGCUGUUGGCGAGAUAUUGCAAGGAUAAAGUACCGAAGACCUGCGAUCAUGCUAUCCUGCAGAAUACCAGUCGCCCGUGUUCUCUGGGGGAGAGCUUCGUUUCAUCCGGCAGCAGUCUGACCAUCGAGAUGCGUAUGAUAGAGUCGACGGCGCUCAGACCCGUAAACUUUCGUGCUCUGUACGAGUUUGUCGAUCUUCAUCAGGACGGCGAGCCGUACGGCACUGGGCCGUGCUCCCGUGUCUUCUACAGCCGCAGCCGGGACCAUUAUCCCGACCGUAAAUUCCAAGGUCCGCGCGACAUAUUCCUGUACGGCCGCGGGGGAUCAAAGAACAUAAGCUGCGUGUACCGCUUCGAAGGAGAACACGACGAGGUGGUGAAGCUGAGGUUCAACAAGCUCCUCAAUGGGAAUCGCACCUGCCGCAGCGUUACCAGCCCCGACUUCAAUAGGCUACUCUGCGUUGGCUCUGAGAAUUUCUCGGUGAAGGUGCUCGAUUUGCCCUGGCCAAACGCGCCGCCCAUUCAGCGCGAUUGUCUCUGCUCGAAUCGAUCGUUGCCCAUCAAUAUCAAAUCCAUCUCCAAUUUCGCCGAGGUGCGUUUCACUGUUCUGUCGAUGGACGCCUUGGAUGAUUACAACAAUCUCUUCUUCGAGGGCACCUGGGACUUCGUCAAGACGGUGCCUUGUCUGCAGAAGCGCAGAGUCAGGGGCCCGUCCGGCGAAAUCAAAUACACAUCACCGGCCAAGGAGGACGAGAAGAAUUGCGAGAACCAGCCGUGGCUGAUCGACCCCGGCCCGAGUCAGUACUUGUACGUGAAAAUGCACGGCAUAAUCAUGUCGAACAAGACGAAAUGCGCGACGAAGAAUCGCAUCGUCGUGCACACGGGCGGCGCAAUUCACGUGUCAGUGUGUCCAAAACCACCUGCCGACUCGCAGCACCACGUGGUGGAGGUGUUCAGCGACGGUUGGGCCGUCAGCAGCAACGCGAUGAUCCUCGCGCCUGGGCAGGACCCGAUCAGAACCAUCGCCGUGGAGUUCAUCGUGAAAGAACCGGCUUCCUACACGGUCACAUGGCUCGAGCUCACCAGAAGACCGUCGGUGACGUCAACAGCGGGCCUGCAAAUGUCGCGGGACUGCGAGCAGCGUUGUCCGGAGCUGGACGCGUGCAUAAACGCCUCCCUGUGGUGCGACGGAGUGUCCCAUUGUCCCUCCGGCUACGACGAGGCCCUCACGCACUGCUCGGUGCUGCUGCAACUGGCGCCGUUGCACCUGAUCCUGGCUAUGCUCGCCGUGAUCGUCGUCCUCAGCGUGGUCUGCUUCGCCGUGUGGCGGGCUUGCCGGCAACGCACCAGCCGCUCGAUAUCUCAGCACCGGCUGAAGAGCAUCUCCUCCGAGACGGCGAUAAUCGACGGCAAGGAAGUGAUAUGCUGACACAGCGACAGUUCUGUGCGUUACGUCGAGGUCGACCGGGUCACCACCGUGUGACGAUCGCCGUCCACGUGGUGGUCGUCGUCGUCGCCGUCGUCGUCGUCGUCGCCGUCGUCGUCGUUUUCGUGGUCGGUUCGAGUUCCAGCGGUCCUCCAUAGCGCGCUCAGACGUUCGGCUCUCCUCUUCCACCUCCUCCUCCUGCUCCUGUCGUGAAGAGCCGAGAACCACCCGCCUGGGGGAUCCGCGGAAACGCCUCCGCGUAACGCGCAGAACUGUCGCAUCGCAAGGGAGAAGAAGUUAGGCGGAAGAACCGGUCCGGUUCUUGCUGCUCGGUAAACGUGCUCGAUGCUCGAUGACUCGGGCGAUGAGGAGACCAUGUCUCCUUGCUGAAGAAGCGCUUUCGUUUCGGCUCCAUUCGGCCGGCCGAGAGAGAGAGAUUUAGAGAGAGAGAGAGUUAGAGAAAAGAGAGAGAGGUGAGUCUCGUUUAGCUCGGGAAAUAACAAUGGGUGAGUUGAAAAAGACGAUCUGUGAUCACGGAACUCGUUGAAAAUUAAAUAUGGGAUAGAUAUUCAGGUGUUGUUUUAGAAUUGAGUCCGCUGAGGUCGCUUGCAACAGCGGUACGAAGUAGAACACGGGUCGUUUAAUCGCUGCCAAUUUUCAUUCGUUAACGCGUUGACAUGUGAUCACACGUGUUGUUAUAUUUAAUGGUACGGUUAUGUCGGAUCGUGCAAUCAGUAAUUUCAGAUUUCCCGGAUCAAAUGAAGUGAUUGUAUCUUCAGGUAGUUGUAAUUUUAUGAAACGAUGCGUGCGUGCGAAGAACGUCAAAAGAUUACAGAACGAAAGCGCGUAUAGAUUAGCAAAUUAUAACGGCAUGAAGAUACAAACGUUUGAUUUCGCCGGAACAAUUCGAAGUUACUCGUUGUGCAGUUCGACAUUUCGGUGUCUAACGAUGCACUGCCAAUACAGUUUCCUCGUUUACCUGGUUCAGGGCGAUCGCUUCGCGGCUUUCUAACGGAAGGUCUAACGAUAUUCGGGACUUGUCCCACGGCCGACUCAGCGGACGCGCGAAAUCCCGCUCCCGGCUUUGAUUUAUCUGCGCAGACAUCGAAGCGCUCCCAUUUUCCCGAUAAGAAAAUGGGAAUUUUCUUCUCCAAUUUCGAUGCUUUCGUUAUCAUGCGCGUACGUGGAGGAGAUCUUAUUAUGCUCGCGAUGCCUGAUCACUUUCCCGAAGAGCAAUUACACGUCCCAUGAGAAAGUUUCGCAAACGAUUCCCCGCCGAGAGUCAUCUCGAGCCUCGAAUCUCAAGAAGGAACGAAAAACGCAAGAGAGAACGGCAGAUAGAUAAAAAGAGAGAGAGAGAGAGAGAGAGAGAGAGAGAGAGAGAGAGAGAGAAGGAAACGAAAACGCGUAACAUAAGCCGCAGAGUUCAAGUGCGAACUACUUUAACGAGGACAAUAAAUAAUAAAAUCCUAGUAGUACGUCGCUAUUACGGUAGAAUGACUCGAUGCCGCGGAUCGAGCGACGCUGCGCCUUGCUCGCCGGACUCGGACGAUUAGCUCGAAGAGCCGUAGGACUAAACGGAGCAUCGCGCACCUUGUGGCGUUUAAUAACCGAGAUUGGACAGUGUAAUAAGUGAACGAUGCGGUGGGCUCGGGCGGGUCGAUAGUGCUUUGUUAGCGGAUUUGCGAGCGAGAGUUACCACGGGCCAGUUUUGCCGACGUUGAUUGACCUUAAACGCGGUCUACCCUCCUCGGUCGCAGCUAAUUUCCCCGGUGCGUGUGCUUGCGUUUCAAGUUCCGCGGAAGUUAGCGAGACCAGUCGACGCAACCGCUUCCUUUUUCAUCGUCCUCGUUUCGCUCGGCAACCACCGUCGGCGAAAUUCUCUAGGGACCGUGUAUUUCGUCCGACCACGAAGUGUUUGACGUGUCGCGCGACAUCCAGCUCCAGGUGGACGCGUCUUCCACGGCGGAGCUAUCGGCGAUGCUCCUCGAUCGAUCAAGGCGCCACGUCGGCCUGAUCGACGGCUCUCGCGAAUUAUUAAGAAACACCUCGUUCAGAGACCCGAGACAUCGAGCGUCGCGCGCAACGCGCUAGUACCAUAAACGUUAGAUUCCUCGUGAGAAUUAAGAGUUCACUAAAGAGACACGAGCGAUCGUGUACAGAGCCGGGCGUACCUUCCCCGCGUCUCGUCCCAUGCUCUUUUCUAAGGAAAGAGAAAGAGAGAUGUGAGGACAGAAGAAGAACAUGGGGAGAAGAAACACGCGCGUGACAUGACUCACACACGAGAUCGUCUGUAAAAAAAAAAGGAAAAAAAAAUAGGUAAUUCAGAACGGCCGCCAAUUCAAGUCGAGUCGCGAGGUUGUUAGAUGAGUCGAGACGUCGAUCGAGGAAGUGGACACACACCUGGAGGUCAGUAGCUCCGAGACACGCGGAGAAACGUAAGCCAGUAAACACCAACUAAUAGUGAUAUUACAUCAGCGUUAAGAUUUCAUGCAAUAUAAGUCUAAUAUAACACACACAUAUUGUACAUGACACCUGCAUUGUUGAAUGAGAAAUUGUAACAUUGAUGUAACGUUAGUUGUUGUUACCAUUAGUUGUUGUUUACUGGGAAGUAAUAAGGCUUAAGCAGUAAGCAAAUCGAUCCACCACUCUCAAUUAUUCUUCUUAUGCUCCGAGAAUAAAUGUGUCUGGUCAAUUUUCUUACUGCUCAAGACUUACUACUUGCGCCGAGAAAGAAUACUUGAAAAUUUACUUACGGAGUGUAAAGUUUGUCCUGAGAAAUAGAGCUUAUUCGUGCGAAAUAAAUAUUAUUUCCAUGAAUAAACUUCAUAUGCCACAAAUAAAUGUUUAAGUAUUUUUUUCUCAAUGUGCGUUUCUCUACGUGUUUUCCAAAGGCUAAGGACUCUCGCACACGAAUUACGGUAACCACGAACGUGGUACGUGAACUUAAAUUAAAGAAUCAAUCGGGAUAUUGCUUUAGGAUUCUUCUAGCUAGAAGAAGACUAAAGUGAUCAUGUAAGUAGAAUUCAACCUCAGUAACUAGGGUUGCAACCAGACGAAUCUCAGUUACUUCUGCACAUAAUCAGAUCUUUUUCCAGAGCAAACAAAAUUGUAGCAAUAUCCUGAUUGGUUCCUCAGCUGAAGUUCAUGUCCUGAGUCUGUGAUUACCGUAUCUCCUGGGCGAAAACCUUAACGGCGCGGUGGCGCACUAUUGCGGCCGUGAUAACGCGAGAAACCUUGGACUCUCGUUGCCGUUCAGAUCAUUAACUGCCACGUUAAGUAGUCGACUACUCACGUCGCCGACGCGCGGCUGCGAGUGAGAAUUUUCGGAUGCAUCACCGAGUGUUGUCGAUAUCACGCAGGCCAAUCGCGAAUCAUCCUCGUACAUCAAUUGAUAAUCGCGUCAAUGGUCUCAUGAGAGCACGUAAGAUACAUCAGGAAGCGCGAUACAAUGACCGCACGAGGCUCUCCUCCACGUAUCAUGGCCGCAGACCUCUUUUGGACGUCUGCAUCGCGCUCAGGGCUGCGUCUCGACGCGAACGAACCAGCGUGCUGUCGCAACGCGGCUGGAGAAAUGAAAAAUACGACCGAAAGAACGGCUCACGACGAUUGCGAUCGGCACCGAGGAUGCGAAAAGUUUCACCAGAAAGCGCCGCGAAGACGCGAGAAGUGCCGCGACCAAGGAAGAAAAGUCGUGACACCUGCGAUCUCACCCUCACGAACGACUCGCGUCGUCACCCGGAGGAGAACGGCCGCAGUUCGCGUCGGGGCACAGCCUUGGCCGGCGAGGAAGCGUCUUCAGCUAGAGAUAUUGACCAAAAGUCGAAAGGGCGACAGCCGACUUUAGGCGACUUAAUUACUCACCUUAGUGAUGCCACUUCGGCGAAAGGAGGAGGCGAGAAUACGAUGUGUAGAACUUCAGUAGCCUGGAAUUAUGUGAUAAUAUAUAAUGCUGUUUUCCUCGGAGCUGUGCUCCGACAUUCAUUGUUACGCCGGGCGUUGGACGGCGCCUAUCGGGCGCAGGGACGCACUUCGAGAGGCCGUUUCGAUCCUCUCGCUGUUCUUUUCGCAUCGCGUCGCGUCGUCCUGAGAGUCAAGAAUUGUACGCACAGAAGAUCGAAAGCGAGACAAAGCCAGGCGAAUGGAGAAUUCUCGUGAAAAAGGCUCUGCGCGCGGAAGAAACAACUCUGUCAGUGUAACUGAAUUUUCUGUUACUUGGGGACUAGAUGAAAAACUCGGUUGUAGGAACGAGGAUUCCCGCAGCAGGUUUUUACUUGGUCAAUUGCGCGGAUAAAACAUUUCAGCUCGUGUAACUGAAUGGAUACCAGAUGAAAAGCUCGUUGACGAGAAAUAAUAUCCCCGUUACUAUGAUCGAGAACAUUCGUCUGAACGUUCAGCCGCAUUAAAACUCAGUUGAAGUAAGUGAGGGCGAAAUCUCCUGCAGAGAAAUCUUUCUCUUCCUACUACUUUUUCAUCUGUUUCCCGGACAACAGAAAAUUCAGUUACACUAACAGAAUUGUUUUUUUCGCGUGCUGAUAUCAAAAUCAAUGAAUAAAUCCAGCGCCUUUGAGAACCUACACACAAAUGUUGUGAUGUAAUGAGUCAAGUUGAACCUGAUGAAAUAUUUCAUUUUUCAGGCUUAAUUGUUCUACGCACAUUUCUACCAACGUCGACUAAAUUUUAACCUGAGUUUAAGUCUUUGUCUGAAUAGAAUUUAAACUUAAAUCAAGGUUUGAUGGACAUUGGCAGAUACUGGCACUGGUGCAAAUAAAUCAAGUUAAACCUGGUAAAAUGUUUCAUACUUUUCUGGCUUAAUUUGAUUUCUCACACCACAAUAUCCGUGUAUAGGUAUUGAUUAAAGGCCUUUGACACAAUAACUGAUUUGGAGCCGAGAAUGUCCGGCCGCUCGGUUCGUCUUGGACACACGCGUACGAGCACACCGACGUGACACCGCCGCGGCUUGUACACCUUGUUCAUACUUGUACAUAAUCGAUUAUUUAUCUAUUUGUAUCGGAUAACGAUUUUGCAUGUGCACUUCCGCUUGCGCGUCCCCGCCACCGCCGCGCUUUUGGUUUUCGCUAAAAGAACUCGUUCGCGAACUUCUUUUCGGACGACACAGUGGAAUACAAAUAAAAGCGGCAGCUUCGCUCCGAACAUUCUUAUAUUCUAACGCUGCGCGUAGAAUAUUCAUCGAACGCGCACACACCGUGCCGUCCAGUUAGCAAUUCCGCGACUAAUUUCAAUCAACUAAUUUAGAAGUGACGUGACGAACGGUCUUCAGCUACGUAUUUCGGCGUCUCGUUAAUUCACGAGAACAGAAUUCUCAUUACGGAUUCUCAUUACGAUUACAGCUGUCCCAGCGGGAAUCGUGAAUGCAGUGGUCGCGCGGGAGUCCUAUUUGAAUAAUUCCGAGGUGCAGCCGAUAGAGAAGUCGCGACAACACCAUCGAGUCUGUCACUUGAAUUUUACAGCCAUAGUGUCAGGCGAUAAAAUUUUAGCGUUUAACACCUUGGCUAGACUCUUCUCGCGCGACUCGGAGGUCUCUAAUGUGUCGCCUGUGUUCAAUCAAAUUUGCAAAGCGUCGCGCGAGAGCCUGGAGAAGGCCGCUCUUUCUUCCCGAGUCGAAGUUUUAGCCCUGCUUUCGACCUGAAUUUGCCGACAUCUGUAUAUUCUGAAGGAUCAGUGUGAUAACGUUCAAUACACAUGGAAACUGAAGUCCUACUUGGCGUAUAUUUAAGUGGCAGAAAACGCACAGCGGAUGCCACUUGUUGUGGGUUCUAAAGAGAACACCCAAGUAGACGUCAAAAGAAAUAUUGAGGUCGAAAGUAAGAUCAACGUUUCAACUCGGGGGUUAUCCAGUGCACGAGACAACAAGAGACAAGCUCUCCGUCUCUCUCCUCGCGAGCUGACGGAAAUGCCUCCGAAAUCCCGCAGGAGAACCUUUUUGCCGUCGCACACGCGACGUUAUCGCGGUUAUCUUCUGAACGGUGGUGCAUCGACGUGGGCCGCGAGCGGAAGUUCGCAUCCCGCCGCUUUACUACUAGUCGAUAAGCGUAGACCUUGGAAGAAUUGCGGUAGGAAUCGCGUACGUUCUCUCGAGAGACAUCCGAGGCAGGAAGAAGCGGAGGACGACGAUGCAAAGCGUCGACGAAGAGGAGGAACGCGGGAUCUAAGCACGCUCUCAGCUAGCCGGGAACACCGCCAACUACUUCCUCAUCGUUCUCUGAACACACGAUAAUUACCGCACGCACCCGACGAAGAGGAACCAGCAGGACGAAGAUCCUAUGUGCGGAGGAAGUGUAAUAAUUUUAGGUUCCUCGCGUGUGCGCGCACACGAAAUACCGAACGGGGACGAUUGUCGAUGUUCCUCAUUGUUCGCUGCUUCAUUAAAAGAAAGUCGGCGGAGCGAAUUUCACUUGGCUCUUGACCACAUGACUGUUCGGUGCUCGUGGACGUUCCUCGGGGUAAUACAUCGCGCUACGUACAAGUAGUAACGUCGCGAAUCAAUCAGACGGUAGAGUGUAUGGCGAGACGUUGCGCGCGAGCACGUUUCGUUGAUUACUGUAUCUUGUGUUCAAUCGAGGCGAAUCCGAAUCGAAAUUUCAGCUUCGCGUUGUUUGACUCUGUCGAAUUCUAUUGAAUUUCAAAGAUCAAAGCGGAGAAUCCCGGGGCGCGCAGUGUACAGAGAAAAGGUGUCGAGAAAAUCAAAGAUAUUUAUUCAGUGAGCACAAUAAUAGUGUUUGCUUCAAUCUAAAUUAUUUUAUUUAAAUAAAAUAAACAACUGCUUUCUAAUUAUUGCUUGAAAAGCUAAGGAAAUCUUAUUAUUUAAAAAAUAUUUUAUAUGUUUGGUAUAAGUAAAUACGUUAUUAUAAUAGCCACGCGAGAACAAAUGUCUUUUCAUUUCUUAAAUAUUUUUCUCUCAUUGUAGUAUUUCGAGAUUACAGAAUAACAUGUUUAUUUUAUUCCAAAUUCUUUUAUUUAAAUGAAAUAAACAAUUGCAUUCAGGAAGAAUUAAGAUUUCAAGAAAAUAUAUAUCGUGUUAUUCGAAAAUUAUUUUAUAUCAGUAUAAGUAAAUACGUGAUUAGAACUCACCGAAUAAAUAUCUUUUAUUUCUUAGAUAUUUUUUCUGUCAUUGUAGUACCGCGAGAUUCUCCAUUAAUUCUUCACAUUCGACGAAAUUUGCGAGAUUGACGUUGUAGAAACGAAAAUUCGGCUCAGGAAGCAAUACGGAGCUUUCUAUCGAAAAGGAGGUCACGGUUCCGACGUUUUUCCGUUCGACUUUGUACGAACCCGCGUUCAUACUUUGAUUCCUUUUCUUUCCGCUCGUAUGAUCAAGCGGUUCAAAGGCAACGUACAAAGUAAGACAGUAGAAAGAGAAUAAUGUGAUGAAGUCAAUUUUCUCCACGAGGGAGUGAAUAAAGCUAAAGCUUUGCUCGUGUCACGACAGAUGCCAGGUCAGGACAUUGCGCUAAUUAUCUUUCACGGGGUUUUCAUUUACCUGGGACCAAAGAUGUCAUUCUUUUAUUAAUACUCGGCCUGCCAACGAAGUGAUCGUACGAUCAUAUCGCAUGCGAAAAUAUCAGAAUUCUAACACAUUUGCCACACGACUGAUUCGGAGAAUCAAAGACUGAUUAUUUAAAUAGUUUGCUUCCGUCAUUAAAAAAAUUCGCACUGCCACGCGUAUAAAAGAAAAAAAAAGACAGAGAGAGAGAGAGAGAGAGAGAGAGAGAGAGAGAGAGAGAGAGAGAAACAAAUCUUCUCGCGAAGGAUGAUCGUUUGUGAAUGAAUUAUUCGUGAAUCGAUCGUUUGCCACCGUCGUCGGCGAUUUCCCAAAGUGAAAUGAAAGAAAAUGAAAUAUUUGCUCACAUUAAGAUACGUCGGGACUACGUCGAGUUCAAGUAAUCACGCGCACCUCCGAGCCGGAGGAAAUAAAUUUUUCGAUCUAUUUUACACGAUCUGCAAUAUUGACUUUCGUAAUUUAAAGCCACGUCCGCGGCCGAACACGGCGAUAUCGGCUUUAAAGCCAUGACCCAGAUACUGAGUAAUCUUCACUGAUGUGUUCCAGUCCGCCCGCCGCAGAGAACAUUUUCUUUUUUUCUCCAAAAAUAGGUCGUCGCGAAGGUCUCCUUCUAAUUACGUUAAUCGCUCCUGACACGAGCAAAUUAAUUCGCGAAACGCCAGCGGCACGUAAUUAACCGCGCCCUGCAGAAAAGUUCUGCACGCACACGCGAGUAUGAUUUAUCAUUUAUAGCAACAGCUUUUAAUUCGCCGAGAGGGGAGAUGUAAUAAAAAGAUAAUUGUUCUGCACACGUACAGCAAACACGCAUAUAAUACAUACACACAAACAUCCACACCAACAGAGCCACACGCCACACAGAGCGCAGACGGUGACCUCCUUUUAAAAGUAAUAUAACACACCGUGACGUCUCUCAUGCGAUGGCGAAAUACGGCGAUAUGAAUCUAAGAAUCUAUGUAUAUACCACGACAGCCACUCUUCAAGUUUUCUUAAGUUAGAAGAAUUAUUGAUAUAUCAGAUUAAGUUCGUUCUUAGUCGAGUUUAUUAAAUAGGGCAUACAUCGCGCAAUGCACGAACGACCAAAUCAAUACCACGAAGACGGAACGAGCGGCAGCACCCGAUGCAACCGCGACUUCGUUCGAAUUAGCGCUUUGAGAAUCGAUAAUGAGCGCUGCACGAUCGUUUCUGAUCCUGAUAGGAACCUCCUGUCAUCGAUCUACCAGAAAUAAUCCUAGAUAACCGGAAACAAUUGAGAUAAGUUGCCAACAAUACUUCACACGGCGAAAAUAUUGUAGCCAAAAUUACAAUCAAAUUUUUGCAAUAGUGUAUGCUUGGACCAUACAGAAUAUUGUGUGGCCGAAAUUAUUAUAUAUUUGAUUCAAAAUGUUAUUUAUGUACGUUUGAAAUUUAAUCACAAAAUUGUUGUAAUCGCUUGAAUGUCUUUUUUUAUAUCAGGUAGACUGACAAAUUUCUGUAAUCUGUCCACGUGGAAUGAAGAAAAGGAUGUGGUAUAACUCGAGAUAUUUAAUUGUGAGUAAUUACCUCACUUAUCUUUGUGUGCUGAUAAUGUGUAUGGUUGAUACGACCCAGUUAUUUUGGCACACAUCAACUACGUCGAUGUAGUCGCGCGUGAUCCGCUCGUGGCAGCCAGAAAUCGGUUGGGCUGACAUUUACCAUGAACAUAUUCUGAUUGGAGCGAAGCCGAUAUCGUCACUGUAACUCAACGAUUGCUCUGUGGUUGCGGCAACCGCAGCACAUAAUCAACUGUUCCGUAUCUCGCUGUUGAAUCUACUUGGCACAGCCAGACUUAUGUGCGAGCCGGCCAUACUGUUUUCUCCGUGCAGCUUUGCAAGAAAGCUCUGUAGAAAGCAAUACGACGUGUUUGUUAUUGCAACGUUUCCUCCGCGCAGAUCAUGCCGCUGCGUUACUAUUGUCGCGCACGUGCCGUCUCCUCGGCAUUAGCAUGGAAAGAACCUAUCCGAAAAUCCGGCAAUCGCUCCGAGCGGACAUGGAAAUCCAUACAUCGCGGUCGCACGCGCGCUCCACAUCGGGCCGCGGUAAACAACAACCACGUAGAAGAGCUUGUCAUCGCGUGUUACCAGCACUGCCUUCGAAGGCCGCGGCGUUCGCGUAUCCGGCGACUGUAAAAGUUUAUUGCGGCCAGGAAAUGCCCCAGCCGAUGGGGUGUAUCGCCGCGGCUCGAGCACGACUGCCGGGGAGUAGAACGCGCGGCUUCGACGUCCAUAUCGCCUAUUUAUUGCCGUCCCGGUGAAGUUUUAUCGCCGCUAUUCGCGUGAUCACCAUCCGCGUAUCUGCGAGACAUCCCGCGCGUUGCGGAUCGGCGAGCAGCACGCAAUCGGCGAAGCCGAAUCGGUUUGUACCGAUUCCGUGGUCUUUCUGAUGUCUUCACCGAGAGAGUGUUCGCUUCAUUUCGUCGAUCAAGCGACGCUUUCGUUCGACUCGAGCGACGACUCGACGUGAAUUCGCGCGCAGCCGCUCCGUCGGACUCGCGGCGGUAAAUUUCAUAAUUUACUCCAACGUAAAACGUUUGAGAUAUUUGAAUGUACGAACGAACGAAGGAGCAGUGGAAGAGAAGCUCGAGGCAUCCUUGAGAAUUUGAAACUGAUCGCUGCGAGAAGGGGAUAGAAAGAGAGAGAGAGAGAGAGAGGCAGAAAGAGAACGAAAUACGUAAUUGCUCGAAACUCUGCAAGAGAGAGUCCCGGCCAUCCAAGGCGCAGCGAAACUUCGGUCCUGGCUGAGAUCAAAUGAGAUCUUAAUGUGGGAUGAAGUUACGUCUAAACGAGAUGCGGAAGCCCGACGAACUUGAGGCUCUGGCUCGCGCGUCAGUCAGUUACACCGGGGCGGUUGCGAAGCUAGUUCUUAAACGGCGCGAUGUCACCGUGGAAUUAACAAUCAAGCUGUUUAUCCGGAAAAGAGGACAGAGAAGGAAGACGAUGAAGAGUCUUCGAGACUCCGCGAAUUUCGACGAGCGAGAUUUCUCCCGGACAGACCGGACUUACUUGCGUCGCGCUUUACAAGAUAAACGGCUCGACUAAUUAUCUCCAGGACUGAAGUCUUCAAGAGAACCGAAGUUCUUCGACCUAAGAUUAAUCUGCGUUGAAGCAGAGGCGAGUCGCGAUAUAUACAUGUAGACACCUCCGCGUCUCCAGACGCCGCGGAUUCGAAUCCGCGCGGACGUGGACUGCCUCGCACGCACUUCCCACGUGUUUCAUCCUCGAGAAGAUUAGGUCCGGUAGACCGGACACGACGAGGACAGACAGCCCUCGAGACGCGAUUUUCAAGCUGAUCGCCAGCAGCUGAGAGGCAUCUCCGCCGUCCUAUCGCUUCAGCUGCAGAUGUAAACCUGUUAAACAAGCGUUUGCGCAGCCGCAUCCUUUCCGGGCGGUGAUUUUUCCCGGAAAGGGACGAAAAUACCUGCUGCAUCGCAAAGCCGCGGAUCUGCCGUUCUUGUUGAAGUUAUCGAAUCCUGUCGGGAUUGUGUAUAGCUUGCUUAUCUGCAUCGACACGUUGUGGCGAGCACAUAUUGUACUCUUGACAUUACGUGGUGAGAAAUUUCAUUGGAAACAAGUGAGCAUUCACUCGAAGCGACUGUGAAAACAUUGCCAGUCACAAGAGUGAAUGCUGAAGACUCAAAGAGGGAGUUCUUGAUCUAUACUCUCUUCAAGCGAGUCAGUAUAAAUGUUUCUGAUUGAAUCAGUAGGACGACUAUUUCGCCGAUGAUCAAUGAGUAUUCGCUGAUUUUCAGUGAAAACACUACUACUUCACAAAAUCUGCAAUACACAAAUUCGUCACAUGAUUUACUAAAUCCAGCUCUCUUAAAGUGAAUCAGCAAAAGUGUUUUUGAUUGAAUUAGUAAGAAGACCGACUGAUCUCUGAAUUUCACCGAUUAUCAGUGAAGUAUUCACUGAUUUACAUUGUAAAAAUCUUUCGACUUUAUUUAUCUAAUUUUUCACUGAUUUUGAUCAGUGGAAGUAACAUUUUACUACAAAAUCUGUAAUAUACAGGUUCAUUAAAUCUAAGUUUUUACUUUUGCAACUAAUUUAGCAGUUUGCAUAUGUCUUGAACCACCAGUUAUAAGUGUGACAUUUCAGUGGAGAAAACGCUGUACUUUAAAGAGCACGAGCGAAUGUUUCAGUUAAUGAACGUUAGUGAGUUUGUUCCAGCGCGAUGAUGGAAUAUGUCAGAUUCGCUCUUCCGAAUUUCGUGCGAAAAUGUUCGCUCGACGCUUCAGAAUGGAAGAAUUCACUCUACGCGAGCGAAAGGUCACUCCAUUGUUGGGGCAGAAUUUCACGAAAUUCAGUAGCACUCACGAAAUUCAGUAGCAAACGUUUCUCUUGUCCGCGUAAAAUUGCCCCGAGGAAAAUGGGACGCGCAAACGCUCCACCAUUGCCCAUUGUACAUGUAAAUAUCGAUCGUUGUGUAAAUAAUCGGCGUGUCCGCCGACCGGGCGGAUUUUCGAUUAUCGGCCAAUUCUCUCGGCUCACUCGUGUUUCGACUGUAAAUAAGGCAUAAUCGUAAAGCGAAUUAAAGCGACUCUAGAUGACGAUGUAAGCCAGUAAAGUAACCACGUAGACGAUUCUUAGGCGUUAAACUCUGUUAACGAUAUAAGAUCCAUAUCCUGCGAUUACGGGAGAUGCGAACGCGAACUGCGAUUGCAAGAGCCGACGAUCAAACUGUCGAGCGCCAAGCACGUCGUGUACGUGCAUCAGCGUGCACCUCCGCGACAUUUUGCGCUGCCUGCUCUCGACUUCGAGUCACUUUCGCGCCGGCGACGAUGGAAUUUUACGGUACUCAUCGAUGCAGCAAGAAGUCGCGAUAAAAUAAUCAGAUAUACACGACAUGCGUGACGGGCAUCGCCGUUAAAACGGUAUUUCACCUCAGAAAAAAGAAAGAACACUUAUUAUUCUAUAGAAAAAGAAGACUCUCCGAGACACCUGUUUUCCGGAAAAUCGAUAAUAUCGUGAACUUUCAUCCACCGUCGCGCACCUGCGACUCUCCUACGCUCUUGUCCGACGUCCUCGGGGCGUUCUGGCGACGAUUAUUUAAUCAUCGUUUCGACGAAGUAAGAGCGACAUAACUUAUCGUCAUAAUCUCGAGCAACGGAGAAGGUUGACCUCGUUAUUCAUCGAGAUCCCGAGUGUCAUAGCCGAGCACGUGGCGCGGACGAAGGAGAGGCAUGCUGUCAAAAACCAACCAAUCAACGUCAAUCUCCGAAGAGAACCGUCACACUUCGGUUACGCGACCAGGUCGAGCAACCGCGACCGAGUCGCGUCUCUACCACGUAGUGCGUCGUCUCGUGCAUCAUCUGUAUGCCGCGGUCAUUAUGUAAACAAACGUGUUGCGAUCAUACGGACGUUAUUGUACAUACGUAGGAUUCUACUCUGUAGAUUUUUCAGGUCCGUGUCGACGGUCGUUACUUGAAAAUUACCUCAGGUGAGAUGCUCAGACUUUAGAAUUAGACGUGAGUUUUUCAGCCGGAUCGCGCGGUUACAAAUGCAAUGUCACAUAUAUUAUAUGAUUCGAAUAAAAAAGUCAAAUCUAACUUCGGAUCUGAGUAUCUCGCUCGAGACAAAUUUCAAGCAAUGACUGUUAACACGGGCUUUAGAGCGAAAUCUCACUCAAAGCGUAUAUGAGAACCCGUUCGAAGUGAUCAUAAACUAAACUGCCAUCAUCAAUCACAAAAGUGAACGUUUCAUACGGGCUCAGAGUGGAUUCUUCAUCCGUACAAGUAAAUGUUACGGUCAAGAUGAGAGCGGAUUUAUUUCAGUGGCGGUGGAGUGCGUCAGAGACCCACCCUUCAAUUUCGAGUGGAAAUAAUCACUCGACGAUUCGGAGCACAGAAUUUACGGUGCGAGAGUGAAAAAUUGUCGAAAUUCGAGCGACUCGUUUGUCAUUUCAGUUCCCGAGUGGAAUUUCAUUCGGGGAAAUUCAGAGCACGCUGCCAAGAAAACGAUACGCGUUCGUUACGUAGUUUUGCUAUUUUCUAAGAAGCAUACCAGAAGCCACUCUGCGCCGACUUACACGACUGCCCACAGAUAACAGUUUGCCGGUAUCUUGUUCAUUAGAAAAAAAGAAAGAAAAAACGCGCGGGAUAUACACACACGUGCGUACUAACUGUAGUUACAAAUUGACUGCGUUACAAUUUCCGACAGCUGAUGGACAGCUUCCAACUGUCCGGGUACACACUAUAUUGUAUCAAUCUGCCGUUGUAAUCAAGAACACCGACAGACAUCGCUAACAGGCCAUGGUGUACCGUGGAUUAACAAAAAUUAAAGCCGACGCGAUCUCGGCAAGUUCAAUUUUCAGCGCUGCGAGAACGAUAGAAACACAUAGAUGUCACGUUCGAUACUAUCGAGAUCCGAAUUCAUCCGAGUAAUAAUGGGCCCCAAGGGCUCCAGCACGAACUAUAAUCGUCUAGACGAUAUAUAUACGAUGUACGGGAUCGUCAACUUAUGAGAAAACACUUGACAAUGUCUCCGCCGAUUUGGAUAGAUCCAAACUACGUUGCAGCUGAGAAAAUGAGAAAUUUAUUAAAUAUAAGACAAUUUUCAUACCCUUUCUUGCAUGUUAAAGGGUUGAAACGACCCUUCGAAGGUAACUCGAUGAAAUUGAGUGCAGGCGAAUAUUUUAGGAAUUAUGAGGUACAUGAGAAAAUGUUUCAACAAAAGCUUGAUUUUUCGUAUAUUACACUUUCAGCGCUGAAGUUUUGCAAGCUGAAUAAAAGCUACGUCCGCAGCUAAUGGUAACGCGACGUUUGCAACUCAUAUCCCAAAAGUGCAAUUUUAGAAAAGAGUUUUUCAUUAUACAUAGCCGAAUUUGGCAUAGAAACCUCUCUUCGAGUUUUCUUCUUGUACACACACACACAGAUAUUUCGAAAUUCGCAAAAUUAGCAACGAAUGGUUGUUUCAACCCUUGCGGGGAAGCAUAUAGAAAAAACACGAUCUCGGAAAGUCUCUUAUUUUUGGCUAUGCCAGCACAUGUUUAAAGCCCGUCAGAAUUGGCGAAGGGUACUGCCAAGCGUGUCCCGAGUUGGCACGCGCGGAAACAAGCGACUCGAGCCGUUCGCUGUUUCUCAAAUUUUGCAUCAUCCACUGCCACUUUGCAACAUCGAGAAGCGCCUUUCUUCUCGAUCGUCAACAACGCCGUCGUUCACGUUUCACAGCAUACGCACCGCGACAGCACGGUCGAUCGAUUUCACUUUGCGGCGACGAGCAGAGCGACCGGGCCGUUCGCCCGUACGUUUAUUUAUUCGUUCGAGUGAGAGCAUUUGCGGAGCUUUCGCAAGAGAGCUUUCGCAAAUCGCGCACGCGCGACUCGAUUCGCGCAGCUCGAGCGAGCAGCAGCGAUCGGCCGCGAGAUCAAAUCCGCGUUUCGCGCUCGUCGCCGCCAGCACUCGAUCGACUGUAAAUCCACAGAGAUCAUAUCUCAUGAUCCGUCUCUUUACAUCCGACCCGCGAGAGAGGGAGAGAGAGAGAGAGAGAGAAAGAGAGAGAGAGAGAGAGAGAGAAUGGCAUAAAGCCGUUUGUCGAACACGAAACUUUAACGAUUCGGGUCGGAUGCACCGAUUUGGAUCUCGAUGACCGUGGUUAACCGUAACAAAGAACUGAAGAGACUCUUUCGUGACAGGCAUGACCAGUUGUACGGCGAUAUUAAACAAGUAAAUCACCAUAACAAAUGCGAAAUGUUUCCAAAUGAAUUAUACGUUGACUGCGAUGAGUGAGAAGACUAUUUGUACGAUUCGUUCCCCUCGAGAGGUAAAUUUAUAUACGAGAAAAAGAGCGAAGUACAUCCCGCAAAGUGUGUUUCUACUCAGAGAUAUACACGUGUAUACAUAUUGUUUUCAUCAAUGUAUCAUACAUAUAUGUUCUGGUUAUGUAUUUGACUUGUAUUAAUAUAUAUAUUAUAUCUUUCGUGAUAACAAAUGCGUCAGUCGUGCCUCUCGGUCGUUGUCUGAAGAUUAGAUUGUGGUGAGCGGCGAAGUCAGGAUGAAAUCUGACAAUAACAUAAAGGCACACACACACGCGCGCUCGCGCGCAUUCAUUCACUCACUAACUCACUCACUCACGCACGCACGCGAUCUUACCGCAGAACACGCAUAAACGCACAUGACAUAUUUAUUCGCAAUCGUGCUCCACUCGAAGGCGACGACACAGAUCGCGCUGUAAGAAACGUUUCAAACGCAAGAGCUUCACGCUGAAACGCGCCGGGAACGAGUAAAAUUUAUCUUUCCUUGGUUAUGCAAAACGCGCUAACAACUAAUGCGCUUCGUUGGGAUAACAGGGCCGAAUUCAGACGGAGAUUAUUAAAAUUUCAAUCUAUUCAACGGAUAGAUUUUUUAAAACAAUAUACUGAGAAAAAAUUUACUAAAUUUCAAAAAACAUUUGUUUGGAUAAU